GGACAAUCACUCCAAAUAAAACCAGACUGGGCAGGUUUCCACGGAAAGAAAAAAUUGUGGAUGGCAUGAAAUCAAUCCAAACCUGAAUGGAUAUAGAUGGGAGGAUCAUUUCAUUUCACUCACUGCUACAGUUUUUUUUUUUUAAAAUGGUGGAGAUGGGUUUAUUUGGCGGCGGCGGUGGCGCACAAUCACAAAUUCUGGUUGUGCGAAGUGGUCAUCCCUCAAAAUUCAUGGAAUUAAGGUGGGUAAGAAGAAGGGAAAGAAGCGGAAGCAAUUUGAAUUUAAAACCAUCCAAAUCAAUGGUACCCAUCUACAUAUCCACAAACCCAUCACACAUAAAUCUUCAAGACCUGAAACAACUCUAUGCAAGCUGCAACCAUUCAUGUCACAGAUUUCCAAAGUUGGACGCAAAAGAUUAUAAAGUUGAAGAAGCAGUUGACAUUGAUAAGCUCAGCGUUGCUGUCUCUCACAGUUCCGUGCUUGUCUCCCUCUUUUCCAAAGAUCUCUAUCUUGAAUCUUCCAACCAGGGAUUGAGAAACUGGAUGGAAAGAAUGAUGCCAGUCACUCCUUCCAAUGGUCAGCUUGUGGGCUUUGGACGUGCCGUUUCCGAUGCGGGAUUGACUGCUUCUAUACACGAUGUCAUGGUUAUCCCUUGGUUGCGAGGAUUGGGAAUUGGCAGGAUGAUUGUUAAACGAAUUAUAAGAGUGCUCACAAGUAGAGACAUUUAUGACAUAGCAGCCCUUUGCUCACCGGAGGAGAGGUUAUUUUUUGAAGCAUGUGGAUUUGGUGAUGACAUUUUGGGCUCUACUACCAUGAUGUAUACGAAGACUGUAGCAACUCAAGAUGGAGCUGACCACAUGGUUAGACGUGUAGGUAGAAAGCUAUUGUUAGUUCCCCCAUUGAAAGAGCCCUGGCCAUGUUUGAAGCCAAUCAGUUCCAAAAGUUGAUUCAUACUGCAGUGUAAGCAAAGGAUUGGAAUACAAAGAUAACAUCUUUUAUAUAAAAUUCAUUAGAAAUAGAUGAGCAUUGCUUCUCAUUUUGAAAUUCUGGAACUUUAGCUUAGUAGAUGAUACAGUAUCAAAGUAAAAGAACUGCCAAAAGAGAAGAAGUGUAUACAUGAAUGUUAGAGGCACAAUUUUAAGUGUGUUUAAUUAUAAGUUCAUUUACCAUUAUUUUACUCCAGAAGUUCAGUCCCUUAUCUAUACAUUGAAUUCAAGAAAAUUUGUGUCUUUACUUUAAGCGUUUGUAAAUAAAGCAUUGAUGACUCUCUGUCUUGGACAACUUGACUUAUUGGCUUUGAGCACCACCCAGGUAUAGAUUCUGUAAUUUUUUUUUACUGGGCAGACAUUUAAGGGUUUUAGCCACAUUGCUGUGCCACGUCCAGAUUCUUUCUUAUCUGUAAUGCAUUUUUCAGGAGAAAGUUGACAAAACAUUGCCUCAUAUGAUGUUCCUAGGAAUAAGAAUUUUCUCACAAAGUAGUCCUAGAGAGAAUGCAAAAUAGUUCUCCUUUCGCUGUCAACUUUAUAAAUAGGAGAAACCUGCAGGGGACAAAUUCUCUCACCAUCCUCAUUGUCUUCACUACCUUGAUAUGGGGAAAAUCUGGAUUGAAAUCUGCUUCAUUUCUGCCUGGGGACUUGGGCGUUCUUCUUCUCAAUGGAAACUUCAAUGGCUAGCUGUUGGGUGGAUUGAUCCUAACAACAAAUAUUGAUCUAAGAUUGAUGCUUCUGGGGAUGCAAACCCUGUAUGGAGAACAAAGUUUGCUACUCAAAUUUGUAAGAUAUGGCUUUGCACGUUGAAGGCUACAGCAGAGAGCCCGUUUUUCUCAGAGAAAAGCUUCAAGGAACUGCUACUAUUGCCUUGAAAGAAUUUAUGGCCAAGUAUAGCAAGAAUAUUGAGGGAUUUAGGCCGGGAACUGCAGAAGUCGGGAGCUUCAGUUGUGAAAAAGAAAUUCCAGCAAACCUCCAGGAUUUGUUGAUAUCUCAGAAGAACAGGAAAAGACAGUUGUAUACCAAGGUAUUUUUGCUAUAAUUCUAUUAGAACCACUAAUAUACAUACAGUAUUCUGUGUCUGAUCAUGGGCUGAACUCUUUGGCAAAUCCUUCCGUCUCUUUAUUUUUAGCAUGAGCAUUUGAUGGAUACCUGGGCAGAUAGCUGGCUGCAGAACCUUCUCUGGGCUACCUCUUCUGCACUCACCACCAUCUCCAGCAAACCAUUCACAACAGCAGCAAGGGCAUGCAAUGUAAUAGAAUAGGAAAUGUAACACAAUCAAAGUAGAGGACGAAAAUAUGUAUUGUGUUGAAUAUUUCUUAGUGAAAUUAACAAAAUCAAUUCUUCAA